ACUCCUCCUCAGUAGCACUGCAGCCCGCGGAAAAUCAUGCGAACAGGAUAAUAUUGCUCUGUGCCAUGCUGAGCAUUUCCCCGAUAAUUCUGCUGGCUCUGACCACCGCUGCUGGACUCUUUAAGUGGUCCUACGGCUGGAGCGACGAGGACCUCUUGCUUCCACCGAUUAAUUCCACCAACAGAUUCCUGGCAAACUUGGAAGUGGAUGUUAGGUACUCCAAGAGAUCAGUGGAGGAGAGCGAAGCCUCGUCCGAGACCUCGCUUCAGGCUCUCUGCAAUGUUAGCGUGCAGAGGCUCUUGCCCACCUCGUUGGUCGCUCGCUGGGACAAGCAUUUCGGUUUCCAAUGCGAUGUACUUAUAUAUACCACAAAUAACCAUGGGAGAGCUUUCUUCUCCGCCGCUUUUAAUCGGGUCGUCUCACCUGUUGUUAUCGAACACUUGGGAGUCUCUGGCGGCCAACAGGAAUUCAGGUUGUGCGUCGGAUGUGGUCUCUCGCGGAACAGGCGUUUCGGUCAAGCCAGAUCUCACUCUCCGCAGACGGGAGACCCCCUAAAUUUCUGCUGUCUUGACUUUGGCUUGGAUGAGCUCAAAGGGGAUAAGAGCUGGAGGCUGAAUCGCAAGCCUAUCGAGUCCACUCUAGUCGCGUGUUUUAUGACUUUAGUCAUAAUCGUAUGGAGCGUUGCUGCUCUCAUAUGGCCAGUACCUAUAAUUGCAGGAUUUCUGCCGAAUGGAAUGGAACAGCGGAGACCUAGAUAAGAGUAAGGUGGUUUUCUAACCUUAUGUAUUAAUGGGCGGAUUUGGGAUGGAUAAGAGUAGCCUACCGCGGAUCUCUACCCCUUACUUAUAAGGGAAUGGACUGCAGUAGAACCGCAGAGACCGAGAUGAGAGUGGACGAAUCAGAGGUUUUUUAUUUGGACUAAUUGCACAGACGAAUGUACCUUAAUGUACCUGCAGAAUACUGUUGAUAAAUGGGUCCAUUUUGUUGUGUUUAAGUUAGUAACAUUUACGUAGUUAGUACAUGGCUAUCUUUCUAAUUAUCAGAACGCGCAAGUGUGUACGGGGCUGGACUUGUUAAUUUUUUAUGAAGGAAAUUUGUUUUUAUAAAGCAUUUUAUUUUAUAGCGUAGCCUAUUGUUAAUUAUUUUAGCGUAAAAUCGGAGUGUUUUUUUACAAAUAGCCUACAAUGUUUGUAUCGUUUCUAACUUCAUAGAAUUUUACUUCAAUAUGUUCUUGUGCACAAAGUACAGCUACUAAAAAUAUUGUAUAGCCUAUAAGAGUGCAACUUUCGUGCGUUCAAUAUGAACGGUUACAUUUUAUGGGAAAUUAUUGAUUAAUGAUUAUUAAUUGUUUUAUUGGAUGUUUGAUUCGCAGAAAGAGUACGGGGAAUUACUUAAGUUAUUUCCGUGGGUAAAAUGUAGCCUAGUGUUUAAAUAUGGCUUACAUUAAGUAUAAACUAUAAUGCGAAAAUAGGCUGUGUAUAAUAGUUUAUUAUAUACUUAUAGGUAGCUAUUACAGAAUUGUGUUUGUAUUUAUUUGUAUACUAAUAAAGUUGACAUUUUAUUAAACGAAACGUGAAUUUUCUGAGAGCUUGGCGAUAUGUCUACUACUUGGGAAUUAUUGCCGUCGUAAAGAACUUUAACAAACAAUAUUGUAUUAACGUGCAUUGUGAUUUGGCAUCGCACAAAGUGAUCGAGAGCACGGUUUGGAAUAGUCACCAGGCAUAUAAGUGCAUGAAAUAUUCCGGGUAUUAUUUUUAACUAGUCUUGCAUUAAUUGCCAAAGUAUUACUAAAAUGAAUUAGGGAACAACCGCAGCAUAUUAAGUUACAUACCGUAUAAGGCGGUAAUAUAAUGUUGAAAACACUUGCAAUGCAUUUGGAACUUUGGGAAUAACAGUAACUAGAACUGAAAUACAGAAGAAACAAAAAGCAACACGAUCUCCAUUGUUCUGCCUGUACGGUUUGUAAGAGCUGUUGUGAGAACACAAUAUUCCUAAUGAAUUGGAAUUUGGAAAAUGUGUGUUCAAUGACUCAUUUUUUGCAUUUAUGAUAGCCAUAUGUAUAGUGCCAUGGAAAAAGUUAUUCACACCCUUUGUAAAUGUUGGCUGCAUGAAAUAAAUAGGUAAUGAGCUAAAAUCUAUGUAUUGAAAUAAAUCCCCACAACAUAAAAUUA